AAAAUGGAUGAUUCUCAAUUAAUCGAGUUAGUGCGAGAGCAUUCAGGCCUUUAUAAUCCAAAACACCCUGAAUAUAAAGACCUUAACAUUAGGGAGAACGUAUGGAUGGAAAUUGCGGCUUUAUUAAAACAACCAGUGGAAGAUUGUAAAAACCGAUGGAAAAAUAUCAGAGAUACGUACAUGAGGCGCAAAAGAAACAAAAAACCGCUCACAGGAUCCUCCCGAGCAAAGAAAUUACGGAAAUGGUACCUGGAGAAACACCUUGUAUUUCUAAAUCAGGUUGAUUGCGAAAGGGAGACUUUGACAAAUAUUGGGAGACCGGAGUCACAAAAUGGUAAUAUUCACUAUGAAAGUCAGUCAACAGAAGAUGUAGAUGAAGAAAAAUACCUAGAUGAUUGUCAAAAUGAUACUGCAGAGAUCUUCAAUACAAACAUCAUGGAAGCUAGCACUCACUCCGCCACCGAAAGUGUUAUUGAGCCAACACAAGUAGUACUUGAUAGACGAAAAACCACUAGCAAAAAAGCUUCUGAUACUAUAGCUGAAAUAUUAAAAAAAAAUGCUGAUAAUACAGCUGCAUUACUAUCGGCUCUUGUUAAUAAAAAGCAAGAACAUCCUAUUGAUGUUUUCUUCCAAAGCAUGGCGGAGUCUGUUAAGAAACUAUCCAGUGAAAGACAAAUUCGUGCCAAAAUGCAUAUUUGCAACUUUAUUGGCCGACUUGAAUUAGAGGAAAUCGGUUGCUUUGAUGAUGUUUCUGUAUAGUAAACCCAGUUGAUUUGUAGCUAGUAAAAUUUACAGCCCAAUUAACGGAUAUAGAGGACAAUUGCCCGUUAUUGUCCGUUAAUGGGGCUGUAAAGUUUUACUAGGUGCAAGUCAAGUGAGUUUAAUAUACUCUUUCAUUUGAGAUUUAUUCUAGAAAAUUCACCGAAAGUUUAUUUUCCCUUGAAUAAGCAGUUCGGUAAAAUAUUGCAGGUCUCUAUGUCCACAUUUUAAAUAUGGCUGAAAGUGGCGACCGCAAG